GCCUCGGUGGACCGCGGAGUUCUUCAGCCUCGUUCAGCCUCGACCCGCAUCCGAUCUUCUCCAAUUCUCAAUACUGCUAGCGUCGAUCACGCAAUUUUUUUGGUUGACGGCAACACUCUGUCGGCGCAGAGCCGGCCCAGAACACAGCAAAAUGGAGUGGCUAGCCGGCGAGAUCGGCCUUCUGGGGGUCAUGGACCUAAAUAAAUUAUUUCUGGACGAGAUUUCUUCGUCCUCAUACCCUUCGCGUCGUCCUUACACGUCGCCACGAGAACAUCCCAGCUAUACGCAAAUACAGCACUGGGACCUCAGACAAGAAUGGCUCCUUCACAAAGCCCGCCUUUCGGCCAAUUGCUGCCUCUGUCCUCAGUCGCUGGCCCUACCUACGUGACGGCUCAGACUCUCGUUCAGCAGGUAGCCUACACCCUGUCUGACAAGAUCUUCUCCUACUCUCCCGAGUCCUUCGAUCUCGAUGUCGCUGCGAAAGCAUGGGCGGAGUCACAAGAGCAAAAUGCCAACGGGUACUCUACUGCGGUCCAGUCUAUGCAGAUCAGAAACGGUGCGGGAGCAAUUGCUCUUGGUUACAUGUUUUCCAAAGACUUUGACCUGAAGAAGAGGCACAUUCCUCAAGGACUGCUUGCUCCGUCUUCUGCUCUGACUUUCCUCAAGCCGGUCCUGGAUCAGCUGUCGCUCCUCUACUCCGUCAGCAACCCAUUCGUCGCUCACAUCGCGGCCUUGGACUACGAAGGCAAGAAGGAUGGCGGCUUGGUGGUGGACUACGCAGCAGCAUUGUCGACCGCUGAGGACCUCGGUUUGGGCCUGGUCUCGUCCCUGUCCGCACACGAGGUGCAACACAUGUCCCUCUUUGCCACUCUGCUCGCCCAGGACCUCCCCGCGCUACAUGUCUACGAUGGUCUGAGAAUAGCCAGAGAUACUACACGAGUCAUUGAUGUACUUGACAAUUCAGGUCUUGGAGCUGCAUAUCAAUCUGUGCUCAAGUCGCUGUCUGACGAGGACCGAAAACAUUUGAGCGCUGAGGGCAAGGCUCUGAAGACCCUUCGGGCCGUCAAUGAAGAGCUUGGAACCGACUACAAGCCAUUCGAGUACUCUGGUCAUGAAGAGGCUGAAGUUGUCCUCGUGACUUUCGGUUCUGUGGAGUCUUCGUUGGCAGCUCAAGCGGCCACCGCCCUGGCUCAAUCCGGUAGCAGGGUUGGAGCUAUCAAUGUGAGAUUGUAUCGACCUUUCGCGGAUGAACAGUUCCUAAGACUGCUUCCACACGGUGUCAAAGUCAUUGGAGUCUUGGGACAGGUCGUCGAUGCUCAGGCUAUGCAGGAAGCUGGUGUUCAUUCUCAGCUCUACGAGGACGUUCUGGCUACAGUAGCAUACGGCAUCGCAGCGCACAGCACACCCGAGGUCCGCGAGCUGAAAUAUGCUCGUGCUGAACGAUGGGUUCCUUCGUCAAUCUCAGCCCUCUUCCAGUCGCUCCUUGGUAAGACUGCCGACGAUCAAGGCAUCACCACUUUCCUGGAUGAGUCAGUGCAGCAAUACACUUUCUGGAAUGUCGAUGACGCGCCUUCGACCUCGGCAGCGACCUACCUCGCCCAGGCUUUAGCUAAAGAUUCUGCACAGAAUGUCACUGUCAACACCACUCACGACAACCUCAAGCAGGGUGGUGUGCACAGAAUCGAUAUCCGGAAGUCUCCUAAGAGCGUAGAUGCACCAUAUCCUGUCAGCUCAGCGAACACUGCUGUUGUUACAGAUGUGAAGCUUCUGGACAAGAUUGACGUGCUCAAGUCUGUUCAACAAGGUGGAAACCUCAUCGUCUUGCUACCCGGCGUAAAAGACGAAGACGUCGAGAAGAAACUACCGGCAGCUUUCAAGAAAGCUGUUGCCGAGAAUGGAGCCGCCUUGUAUUUGAUCGAUCCCGAGAAAACGGCAGUCGAAACCGAAGAUUCCGAUCUCGCGUCUUUGAUUCUGCAGACCGCCUUUCUCCGUAUCGCCCUUGGCAAAUCCGAGGAGAUCGGUCUGCAAAAGCUUGCCAAUGCCAACAGUGAUAUUAAGACUUUGGAGCAAGUUGCAGCCGAUUUGGAAAAGACGCUGCGUAAGAUUGAGGUUCCGAAAGAUUGGGCUGAGCUGGAAGUAGAAGAAACCAAGGUGCACCUGCCUUCGGACGUCUCUGCAAACAGCUUCGCAUCCUUUGACAAGACUGAAGAAGAACCACCAUCCCUCCUGCGCAGCUGGCAGAAGGCCGCCAAGGGUCUCCUGUUCAAGGAGGCUUUUAACACUGAAAGUGCUCUCCGACCCGAUCUGCCGGCCAAGACCUUUACUGUUCAUGUGAAGGAGAAUCGCCGCCUGACGCCACUGACCUACGACCGAAACAUCUUCCAUAUCGAAUUCGACCUUGGCACGUCAGGUCUCAAAUAUGACAUCGGCGAAGCCCUCGGCAUCCACGCGGAAAAUGACCAUGACCAAGUCGUGGAAUUUAUCAAGUGGUAUGGGCUCAACGCUGAUGACGUGGUCGAAGUCCAAGCCAGGGACGAUUCAUCUGUGUUUGAGAACCGCACCAUCUACCAAUCAUUGAUUCAGAAUGUCGACAUUUUUGGAAGACCACCAAAGAAAUUCUACGAAGCGCUGGCAGAAUUCGCCGAUGACGAGAAGGAGAAGCAGAACCUUCUGACUCUGGCUGGACCAGAAGGUUUCAAGGAGUUCACGAGACGUGCCGAAGUCGAUACUGUCACGUACGCCGAUGUCCUCCUGGAGUUCCCGUCUGCGCAUCCUUCUUUCCACGAUAUAGUGCGCAUUGUUGCCCCUAUGAAGCGUCGGGAAUACUCCAUCGCUUCAUGCCAAGCUGUCACACCGACAUCGGUGGCACUUAUGAUCGUUGUUGUGAACUGGGUUGAUCCCAAGGGACGCGACCGCUUUGGCCAGGCCACCAAGUACUUGGGCCACCUGAAAGUGGGCUCCCCAGUGACUGUCAGUGUCAAGCCGUCGGUCAUGAAGCUGCCUCCUAAGUCGACGCAGCCCAUCAUCAUGGCCGGUCUCGGUACUGGUCUUGCUCCGUUCAGAGCCUUCGUCCAACACCGAGCCAUGGAGAAGGCUCAGGGCAAGGAGAUUGGAGCUGUGCUUUUGUAUAUGGGAUCUCGACACCAGCGUGAAGAGUACUGCUAUGGUGAGGAAUGGGAAGCAUAUCAGGCUGCCGGCGUCAUCACCCUCCUUGGACGAGCUUUCAGUCGAGAUCAACCCCAGAAGAUUUAUAUUCAGGACAAAAUGCGCCAAACGAUCGACGACAUUGUCAAGGCCUACAUCAAGGAAGACGGUGCUUUCUACCUUUGCGGUCCUACGUGGCCUGUUCCUGAUGUCACCAACGUCCUCGAAGAAGCCAUUUCUCGAGAGGCAAAGGCGAGUGGUGCUAAGAAGGUGGAUCCCAGCAGAGAGAUUAUGAAGUUGAAGGACGAAGGUCGAUAUGUGCUUGAAGUCUACUAGACCUUGCCCGAAAAGUUACAUAACAAAUGAGCUUGCAUAUACUAGAACAUGAAUGUCUUUCAACCUACUAC